AUGUACACUAUGUACACAAUGUCUCUGUCUCACAACAUGUACACUAUGUACACAAUGUACACUAUGUCUCUGUCUCAGAACAUGUACACUAUGUACACUAUGUACACUAUGUCUCUGUCUCACAACAUGUACACUAUGUACACUAUGUCUGUCUCAGAACAUGUACACAAUGUACACUAUGUCUCUGUCUCAGAACAUGUACACUAUGUACACAAUGUCUCUGUCUCACAACAUGUACACUAUGUACACUAUGUCUCUGUCUCACAACAUGUACACUAUGUACACAAUGUCUCUGUCUCAGAACAUGUACACUAUGUACACAAUGUCUCUGUCUCACAACAUGUACACUAUGUACACUAUGUACACAAGGUCUCUGUCUCACAACAUGUACACUAUGUACACAAUGUACACUAUGUACACUGUCUGUCUCAGAACAUGUACACUAUGUCUCUGUCUCAGAACAUGUACACAAUGUACACUAUGUACACUAUGGCUCUGUCUCAGAACAUGUACACAAUGUACACUGUCUCUUUCUCAGAACAUGUACACUAUGUACACUAUGUACACUAUGUCUGUCUCAGAACAUGUACACAAUGUACACUAUGUCUGUCUCAGAACAUGUACACAAUGUCUCUGUCUCAGAACAUGUACACAAUGUCUCUGUCUCAGAACAUGUACACAAUGUCUCUGUCUCAGAACAUGUACACAAUGUCUCUGUCUCAGAACAUGUACACAAUGUCUCUUUCUCAGAACAUGUACACUAUGUACACUAUGUCUGUCUCAGAACAUGUACACUAUGUACACUAUGUCUGUCUCAGAACAUGUACACAAUGUCUCUGUCUCAGAACAUGUACACAAUGUACACUAUGUCUGUCUCAGAACAUGUACACAAUGUACACAAUGUCUCUGUCUCAGAGCAAGUACACAAUGGAAAUGUAGGAAUUGCAUCCCACUGAGGGUGGUAAGUUUACACGUGUGUUUUGACCGCCCUCUUUGAAAAGCUGCCAUGUUUAGCUUCAGUCAACGUCGUGCACUUGCAUUGUGCAUGCAUGCCUUCCCUUCUACUGGAAAUGCAUGCCUUCCCUUCUACUGGAAAUGCAUGCCUUCCCUUCUACUGGAAAUGCAUGCCUUCCCUUCUACUGGAAAUGCAUGCCUUCCCUUCUACUGGAAAUGCAUGCCUUCCCUUCUAGUGGAAAUGCAUGCCUUCCCUUCUACUGGAAAUGCAUGCCUUCCCUUCUACUGGAAAUGCAUGCCUUCCCUUCUACUGGAAAUGCAUGCCUUCCCUUCUAGUGGAAAUGCAUGCCUUCCCUUCUACUGGAAAUGCAUGCCUUCCCUUCUACUGGAAAUGCAUGCCUUCCCUUCUACUGGAAAUGCAUGCCUUCCCUUCUACUGGAAAUGCAUGGCUUCCCUUCUAGUGGAAAUGCAUGCCUUCCCUUCUACUGGAAAUGCAUGCCUUCCCUUCUACUGGAAAUGCAUGCCUUCCCUUCUAGUGGAAAUGCAUGCCUUCCCUUCUACUGGAAAUGCAUGCCUUCCCUUCUACUGGAAAUGCAUGCCUUCCCUUCUAGUGGAAAUGCAUGCCUUCCCUUCUACUGGAAAUGCAUGCCUUCCCUUCUAGUGGAAAUGCAUGCCUUCCCUUCUAGUGGAAAUGCAUGCCUUCCCUUCUACUGGAAAUGCAUGCCUUCCCUUCUAGUGGAAAUGCUCUAACAGGAGUGACUUCUGCUGCCAAAACACUUGUGGUGAAGGCUUGCAACACAAAUGUCCUCAUAAAUAAAUAACAUGUAAUA